AUGGCAUCUCCGACGAUUCAGAGCUACUGCAAUGGCACCGAGAUACACAAUGGAGAUGAUCUCUACAAGAAGAAAUCCAUUCAACUGCUCGAAGAGAUCGGUCUUCCAAAUGGUUUAUUUCCAUUGAAUGACAUUGAAGAGUUUGGAUAUAACCGCGAGGCAGGAUUUCUCUCGUUGAUUCAAAAGAAGAAGAAGGACCAUACCUUCAAGAAGAUCAAAAGAGCAGUGUCAUAUGCUCCUGAGGUGACUGCAUUUGUUGAGAAAGGUAAGAUGAAGAAGAUGACUGGUGUGAAGACAAAAGAACUCAUGCUUUGGCUUUCUGUUGUUGAGAAGUACAUCGAGGAUCCUUCUUCUAAGAAGAUCACUUUCAAGACUGGCACUGGCCUUUCUGAUAGCUUCCUGGUUUCGGCAUUUGAACUUGAAGAAUAA